GUUUAUUAGUUGACCAAACUAGCGCGUAUAUCGCUCAAUUCCGUCUAAUCCGAUAUAGACGCACUCGCCUAUCGUGCCGGUAGUACUAGAGCAAGCUUUCUUCACACAGCGAUAUAUAAGUCGCAGUCAUAAUUAACCCAAUGGCAGACGUAACAAACCUAGACAAGACAUUUCUGCCGAAAGACUUGGACAUCGCCACUAACGUUCUAUAUGAAAGGCUCCAAGAGCUCUAUUGGCGAAGUGCCACGCGAGAGAUCAGUAAUAUGAUCCUUAUGUUUAAUGAGAUUUGGAAGGCUGACACCGACAAUGAUUCCUCCUUCAAUUGGGGGGCAAGCAGCACUUCGUUUGAUAGCCAUAUUUUCCAAAAUUUGAUCAACAUAUGGAGUAAGUAAAUAACGCUCGGCAAAUCCACACUAUAAUUUAUUAUCUCAUGUUGAACACUAUAGUAGCAAACGAUCAGCGCGCUUUCUUUAAACGAGAAACUAACGCCGCUGACCUUCUAGACGAUGCAAUAGCGAAAGCUAGAGCUCACGAUCGUACACCAUCUUCAGAACACCGGUGUGUUCGUUAUUUGUUGCAAUCAUCUGGCUUCUUAGAUAUCGACACCCUGGUCCAGCCGUCGAAAAAUAACUUGUCGAAAUGUAUGGCUUUCUUAGAACCCAAGAAGCUAAGCCUCGAAAUGCUACCUAAUGUUGAGAUUCUCGAGCUAGAACAGGGAGACUAUCACCGACGGCGUAUAGAAACUGAGGGACUGCUAAGAGUCUGUCUUUCUUUAAUAUGUGAUCAUUGUCGAGACUUCAUCAAAACUCCUUUAUACCUACAAUGUAGUAGGCAUUGUGUGACUGAGAGACCGUUUCCAUUCCAUAUACUUAUAAAUGGAAAAAUAAAAAAACUUAAAGAGCCGAAUGACGCUAAUGAUCUUGGCAUCCCAGAUAGACCUCGACGUCUCUGUCUUUCUUGUAAACAGUCAGAUACUACCGAGUCAAAUUGCAGUUGGGAUCACAUGGCGCUCUUACAAAAUAAUACUGUUAUGGAUGAUAAAAUUGAGACCUUCCAGAAGUGGAUCAUGAAGUUUGGAUUCUCGAAAUCUAAGCAUUCAACAGAGCGUUUACAGCAUUAUACCUCUGCUUUUGUUGAAACAGGAAAGUCACUUUUACUAACCACUCUAGCUACAACUGGGGGGUUUUUCAUACGAAGUCUCUACAAUGAGGCGGUUCGUCAGAAAAGAGCUAUUUUGAACGCAGUCGCACCUACUGGCUUUGUACACCUAUCUUUUAUGUUUGGCCCACUAAUUAUCGAGAGCGGUGUUGAGAACACCAAAGGGGGUUGUCUUAUAUCACCACGGCCUCUACCUGCGCUUUUAUGGGAUAAGCAGUCUGCAUCUUCCCUCAUUGACGGGUGGGACUACGGUGAACCACCAGUCCUCCAAGAAUCUGUUAUUCUCUACCAGGAGAAUACGGGCCUGAAAGAACGAGCUUUGGAGCGUUAUAUGCUAGACGUAGAGAAAAAGCAUACCCUUGGCGCGGUGAAGCAAGUCUAUGGAGGCGUAUUCUCUGGUUACCUUGAGACUAGCCUGGAAGAGGAAGAGGUGAUCAAGAUCUUUUUAAAGCAAGCUAAAAGAUGCAACCUUACUGGGUCGAAGAAACUAAAGACGCAACGGGAAGUCCUUUUGGACGCAUCGAGAGCAAUCUGUGCGGCAAUAAAAGGUUUGCUUGGAAGAAGAAUAAGUGCCACUCUCUUGCAACUCUCACAGAGUCUAAUGGACGAUUCAUUAUUGUUCAACACUAUUUUUCGAAAUUGCCAGAGUUUUGUCAAUCAGCUUUUGGUGAAACAGGCUCUUGGCACACUUUUCCCUGUCCCCAACGCCACCGACAACUCGUGGAGUAAAAGCAAGAAGCGCUUUAGCGAGCCCACGACAACAUAUCUUUUAAGCUUUGGCGAUCAGCUAAUUGCAAGACAUGAUGAUAUACAGCAGCCAAAUAGCGUGGUCGCAGCCUUUCUCCUGAAUGGGUCUAUGGGUUUCGAUUUAAUCCGCUUCAUUACGCUACUUCUUACCAUCCAUACAACGCGCUUAAAAGACGCUCAAAGCCAAGCUGUGGAGAUGCAAGAUGACUGGAGUGAACUUCUACUCCAACCACUGGCCACCGACAAGGCUCAACGACAGCUUAACUCAGAGCUUAUUAAUAUGCUAUGGCUACUACCUCGAGACACUUUAAGCAUAUUAUCCUCUCAUCUUCUUCGGCCAUACAAAGCCUACCAAGAGCUUGAAGAUGGUAACUUUGGCCCGGAGCAAUGGAUCACCAACCGUCUACGGCUUUUGCGCCAGCUCGAUGUAUUCGCAUCUAUGGCUGGCGGUUUUGGCUCAGCAUUAAUACAAACAUUAACAAGGUCUGAAGUGCUAUCAAAGCAUGUGGCUGCACCACAUUCACUUGUCUAUGGUCUUAUGAGAGCGGAUGAGAGAAUACUAUCUAUCAGAGUUCUCCACGCAGUUUGCUACAUUGUAUUAAACCGAACCACACCGGAAUGGGAUGCUCAACCUUCGAAUAAUUUCCGAGACGAAAUUCUCCGUUUAAUUUUCGCUAUAGUUCAACACCUCAACGCCAAUCAAUCACAAGAACGUAAAGAGAUUUCUUACAGAAAGCUAAAGAAAAUAAUAGCUGAGAAGCUUCUUGAAAACAGCCCAGAAAUGCUAGCAGCACUAUUUGGAUUUAGUAUGGGUGCGAUACACACCUUUACCAUGUCAUAUGAAGAUAUGUUAAGGUAUAUAAUGGAGAUAUUUGUGUUUAUUAUUUGCCCUAUCAACAAAAGAGCCAAGUAUCUUACUGUACGAUUAUCUAUAGAUACUACUAUUAUAGUAACUACUGCUAAAAAGAUAGAGUUAGUUUAAAUAUAAGUAGAUAUGAGAAAAUUGACCAGUUCGAGAUUGUAAAACUCGUACUUAACGACGGUGCAUCAG